AUGCCGUCGAGUCUGUUCCGUUCUCCAGCUAUCGACCAGGCGGAUGGUCUCCCAUACUUUACUCCUGCCAACAAUGGCGGAGCGGCCAUUGACCCGCAAUCCGCUGAUACGCCUACACUGUUUCGACCUCUGCGGGUUCGGGAUGUCACUUUCAAGAACCGCGUGAUCGUGGCACCUAUGUGCAUGUACUCGGCGGAGUCAGACAUAACCUCCCCCGCGGUGGGUGCUCUGACGGACUAUCACAUCGCACACCUCGGUCAUUUGGCUACGAAAGGCGUUGGUCUGAUAUUCAUCGAGGCUACCGCCGUUCAGCCCAACGGUCGCAUCUCACCCAACGACAGCGGUCUCUGGCAGCAAGGAACGGAAUCGGAGCAGUUCAAAGGACUCCGCCGCGUAGUGAAUUUCGCCCACUCCCAAGGUGCGAAAAUCGGAAUUCAGUUGGCGCACGCCGGUCGAAAGGCCAGCACAGUUUCUCCCUGGCUCGCAUCGCAAGCCAAAAAGCGUGGCAUCAAAGCCGACGAGACCGUUGGUGGUUGGCCGACCGAUGUGGUGGGACCCUCAGGUGGGGAGGAACACAUCUGGGCGCUUGGUGAUCAGUUCUGGGCUCCUCGGGAACUGACCACCGCUGAAGUCGAGGAAGUUGUUUGUGCAUUUGCUCGAAGUGCGGAGCUGUCAGCCCAAGCCGGAGUGGACGUUAUUGAAAUUCAUGGAGCCCAUGGAUAUCUAAUUCAUCAAUUCUUGAGCCCUGUCACCAACCGACGAACUGAUAAAUAUGGCGGCAGUUUGGAGAACAGAGUUCGUAUCGUCUCUGAAAUAGCCACUGCCAUUCGGGCUGUUAUCCCAAGCGGGAUGCCACUCUUUCUUCGAAUCAGUGCCACUGAGUGGCUUGAAAAUGAGGCAGUUGCCGCCCACACCGGAAGCUGGGACAUGAGUUCCUCCAUUCAUCUGGCCAAACUGCUACCUGGUUUAGGUAUUGACUUUUUGGACGUCAGCUCAGGUGGCAACCACAAAGACCAGCGCAUUGAGCCCCAUACAAACUAUCAGAUUGACCUUGCAGGUGAAAUCCGCCGCGAGAUUCAUCUUGCGAACCAAAAUACUCUUGUUGGCGCCGUUGGGUUUAUCACGGAGGCUGAGUCUGCCCGUGACAUUGUCGAAGGUGCAGAGGCUAAAGCGACCGAAGAGAUUUUGUCGGGCAAGGAGCCCAAAGCGGAUGCAGUCCUUCUAGCUCGCCAAUUCCUCCGUGAGCCAGAAUGGGUACUCACUGCAGCCAAGAAGCUGGGUGUGGGGAUAUCAGUCCCCUUGCAGUUUGCCAGAGGAUUGCUCUGA